UGUACCGGCCGCUGCAUCUGCUCGUGAAAAUAUGUUUAUAUGAUAUAAAUUAUACGUGAUAUUUAUUAUGAUAAUUUAUAUGAUACAACUAUACGAUAACUAUAUGAUAAUGUGAUAAGCGUAUGAUCAUCUAAAUGACAAGUAAAUUAUCUGAUACGUUAAAGUUUACAGUAUGCGAAAAAUUGCCUCCUUUGAUAAAUUUUUGCACACGAUUGUUUGAAGGUUUUUCGAACGUAAUUCUAUUUGCAACGCAUACGCACUAUACGCACAUAUAGUACGUACAUAGAGGAAGCAGGCUGAUAGCCACAUUCUCGCCCUUGACAGUCGAGUUUCUCGCAGGAUAUUUCAUGACAUCCUCAUGAUGAUGGCACGGGAUCGAAGCGAGUGUGUGACCGACUGGGCCGCGUGUUCAAUGUCAAGGACGAUCGAUGUCUCGCACCGAUCUUCCAAUCUGAUCAUCGGUCUCUACUCGAUGUCAGUAUUCCUCUACGGUACCGGGGUGCUGGUCGGUCACACCGACGAUCCCAACGAGGUCGAGAACGAGCACCUCUCAGUACUAGAGCGAGAACUUUUUCUCAAGAUGGAACUGCCCUUCGAAUCCAACGCCUCACCUAUCUACGAGGUCGUCAUGGUCGUGCAAUUUUUCCAUCAGCUCGCAGCGGCGACUAUAGUCGGCGUGCUGAAUGCCUUGAUAGUCUCAUUGAUUCUUCACGUAGGUGGUCAGAUCGAUAUUAUGUGCCGGGAGUUAGUAGAAAUCUCCUCGGGCGGCCGCACUUUUGACUCGCGGGCCUCGGAUGUCAAAGCGUUAAUACGCCAGCACCAGAGAAUUAUCGCGCUCUCGAGCGACAUCGAGACGCUCUUUUCCUAUAUAGCGCUGAUGCAGUUCCUGUGGAACACUUUGGUCAUCUGCUCCCUCGGAUUCGUAAUUGUGACCUCGAUCGGCGACACAGAGGGUUCGACGAUGCUGAUCAAGUCUCUCUUCUUCUACCUCGUUAUCACUCUGGAGGCGUUCAUAUUUUGUUACGCUGGAGAAUAUCUCAGUGCUAAGGGUAGAAUGAUCGGUGAUGCCGCGUACGACGCGAAGUGGUACAACUCGAGUCCUACGCAAAGCCGCAUUAUAUUGUUGCUAAUCUUGAGGUCACAAAGGAAACUGACUAUCACGAUCGGCAAAUUUAUGGAUCUCUCAUUGGAGCGUUUUACCACAAUUAUCAAGGCGUCGGCGUCCUACGUGUCCGUGCUGCAUGCGAUGUCUUGAGAGGAGCAUGAAUAAUCGAAGACGCGCCGUGAGUCCCCCGUGUACAUUCGUAGCUAUUAUGAAAAACAUAACAUCUCCUGCGAACACAUUGCAACCUCAUG